UAUUUGACAUCGGUGAAUGACCAGUACGCAAACAAUAACAUGUUGUGUAGAAUUGUUUCCGUGUUUUACAAACAAUCACAUUUCCUAGCUUACCAAUCAUGUGGACCGUCUGUUGAGCCGUUUUGCUAAACCAUGAGUUCGUAUCAAGAAACGCUAUUGCCGGAAAGUGUGGCUUCAGAUUCAUACUCGGAAUGGAACAACAUGUGCCGGACUUGUUUACAGCCUUGCGUAUCUCAGUCCAUCUUCGAAAAGGACGAAAGUUCGCUGCUUUCCUACGCGGAAAAAGUGAUGCAGUGUGUAAAUGUGACCAUCCGUGCAGCGGACAAUCUACCCGAUCGGAUCUGUUCGCAGUGCAUCGAAGAUCUGAAUGUGGCGUUCCGAUUCCGGUUGAACUGCAUGGAAGCUAACACCCUGUUGGAAGGGUCGGGUACAUUCGAUUGCAUUGAAGAGAAGCAACCUGAUUUGGCACCGAUCGUUAUGCCGCUAGAAUCCGUUCCGGACGAUGAGGUGCAGAUUGCAAUACAUCUAGAUACUGGAGUCAUGUAUACGUACAAACCACCGGCCGGUUUGAAUGUGAAGUUGACUCAUUCACUUUUAGGCAGCGAAGAAACUGCUGCUAACGACGAAAACAAUACAACAACCAUCGUUGGAAUUCUAGCUAACACUGACGAGGAUGAAGUUGCCAAGGAAGUUGAUCCUCCAACAACGCUGAUAGAUGACCCCGUCCCGAAUUCGAAUGAUACGACCGACGUAUCAAAAGAGGAUGAUGUAGAAUAUUUGGUGUACUUAGAAAACGAGUCGGAUGUGGUGCAGGCACUGGCAGAAAAUACUGAAUUGAUGCAAUCUAAUCUUGAGAAACAAACGGAACCACCAACGAACCAUAUUGCCGUUGCCGAAAAUCAAAAUCAUUCCACCGAAGAGGAAGGCGUAAAAACGUUACAAACCAUCCGCAAGACAAACCGGCCGAACGAGAUGAAACCAACAAUUGAAAUGAUAAAGUCCGAGCCGACCACGGACGGUACCGGCGUGGAGACGGUAAUACGCAUCAAGCGUAACCUUGCCGGACCGAAACCAUCGUUUUUAUGUAAAAUCUGUAAUGUAACGUACAAACACAAGCAUGCGCUCGAUACGCACAUGCGGCGACAUUGGGGUGAUCGGCCACACAAGUGUGAAUACUGUGAAAAAUCGUUUGUCGUCCCAUUCGAGCUGCAGCGUCACGUGCGUAUUCACACGGGACAAAAACCGUACAAGUGUCAGUAUUGCGAUCGAGCAUAUUCGGACUUUGGUAGCAAAACGAAACACGAACGUACGCAUACGGGCGAACGACCUUACGCGUGUGAUUUUUGUGGCAAAACAUUCUCCUACUCUCACGUACUAAGUAGCCACCGUCUCAUACAUACGGGUGUGAAGAAAUAUGGUUGUACGAUCUGUGGGAAACACUUCUCAAAAUCACAUCAUCUGAAAUCGCACUGCAAUACGCACAGCGACCGUCGCAGGCGGACCGUAAAAACGACGGAUGAUGCAGAUGAACUGCAAGCUGAAAAUAACACCAAGCAAGACACAACAACAAACGUUGUGUAUUCGGAAAUGCUUCAGGAUGAGUUAAUAGCAACGAACGACGAUGAGGUUACAGUGCACGGGACCCGUACCUUGAACCUCCGCCAGCAGCAACCGGACGGUGGUGAUGUGCUUGUCGAUGCAUAUCCCGAUACUGGUGCUGGACUGCUUGUAACCGAAUGGCCAAUGGUGGUGGAUGGUGUAAAGGGGGAAGAAGAAUGCGCGAACGUAACCACAGCCGGUGUAACGAUCGUACCGGAAGAGUUGGAACACGUUUCCAUUGUUAACUUUAGUGAUUAUAUGAUCAAAACGGAGGUUCUCGACGGUUUCAUGGUGGAAGACUCCGUGGACCGAGAUCCGCUGGUAGGGCGACAAUUUAUGGGCCCAUGAUUGAUAGCGGAAUUUACCGUGGAAAGGAUGCGGAUGCAGACAUGACUGAUAAAGAGUACAAUUCGUUCCCGAGUUCCAUUUGUCUUCGAGCUUUUUGCGUUUACUUUCUACUCGUCGCAUGCGCUCUGGUAGAAACGACCCUAUUUAAUUAAUUUGCUGACCUGUUUGAUUUCUCCCUUUUGCUAUCGUCUUUCUGUGUCCAUUCCUAUGUCUCUUAACUUUCUUGCAUGUUCCGUGAUCUUUAUGUCCUUUUAUUCUUUGUAUGCCAGGGUUUUUUGUAUAGUCCUCGUACUAAUGAGCUUUACCAUACUAUGUACAGAACGUGAUGGAAAUAAUAGUAUAAAUAAUAGAUCAUGUGUAUAAACUAGCCAAAGGUCGAUAGAAACUCAUGUACUUCAUGGAGAAAUAUACACGCACAAGAUAGAAAAAAGGAUAUUUUUACUAUUUUUUUAAAAAGAAAACUACUACAAAUCUUUCGAUUGGGAAUGUUUCCAUGUGAAAGUACACACACUUAAGGGUAU